AUGGUUCGUGUGAGCACUCAAGACCUCACACCGGAGGCUACGGCCCCGGUUCGUACUGCGUUACCGGACUAUGUCACGACGCCAAACGCAGUUUUCAGCGACAAAGGAGUUCAGUGGAGAUAUGGAAGACCGCCGGACUAUACAAAGACACGCAAGGUUUGGAGGGAAGGCAAAAAGAUGAGCCAUAAGGCUGGCAGUCUUGAAGAGAUUGUGGAGAACCUGGUCAAAAACUGGGAAGUCGAGGCUUCUUUCAAGACAAAGCUCGAUGACUGGCGGACCAUCGACCACGCCAAUUACACAUUUUCCAUCAACGGUGGUCCGCCACAGACGGGCGAGCACAUGCUCAACGUUGGCACGUAUAAUGCUGUCAUUGCGCCCAACGAGUACUACAGCCCUGAUUACUCGGAUUUUGCAUCAAGCCAUAAGACUUUCAAAAGAAUGAUGCCCAACUUUGCUUGGGAGGUUCUCGAAGUUUACAGUGGCCCGCCCUGUGUGGCGUUUAGGUGGCGCCACUGGGGAGUGAUGAAGAACGACUACGUUGGAUUCAACGACAAAGGCGACAGAGUCACGGCGCGGGCCCACGGUGGCCCCAUUGACAUUGAGGGCGUGACAGUCGCAAGGGUGGAUGAGCAACUUCGCUUGCAGGCUGUUGACACUUGGUUCGACUCGCUGCAGAUGUUCCGGCAAAUUGCUCCGGAUGGAGUGGUCAGAAAAGAGCCUAAGACUGACAACCGCGGGCCGGAAGCCAGGUUUGACGAGGCAGUAGCACAAGCCGUCAAGCUAUCGCCCGAUGAGAUAAGUAAGCUGCAUAGCGACGUGGUAGAUGGCAAGAGGUCGGGUGGAUGCCCCGUAAUGAUGAAUAGAGAAUAG